AUGGAAAUGCGAGAGAUUGUUAAGGUGGUGGAGAGAAAAGACAUUGAGGACUAUGUAAGACUUGGCAACUUGGCAUUGAAGAUCAACAAGACUUUAGCUAUCUCAGGUCCAUUACUCACAGGCAUUGCAGCCUUGGGCUCAGCUUUUGUUGGUAAUGGAUCAUGGGCACCAAUAGUAGCAGUGGCUGCUGGGGCUUUAGCUAGCACAGUAAAUGCUUUUGAGCAUGGUGGACAAGUUGGGAUGGUGAUUGAGAUGUAUAGAAACUGUGGUGGCUUUUUCCAACUACUGCAAGAUUCAAUUGAAACCACACUUGAGGAAAGAGAUUUGGAGAAAAGAGAAAAUGGGGAAUUGUUUGAAAUGAAGGUGGCUUUGAAACUUGGGAGAAGCUUAUCACAACUCAGAGAACUUGCUAGAAAGUCAGCUUCUUCCCAUGUAGACGAAUUCGCAAGCAAACUUUUCUAG